AAGAAAAAGGAAAAAAAAAAAUAUAUAUAUAUAUAUAUAUAUAUAUACGAGGAGAAAGGGAUAGUUUAUUAUGGGAAAUAAUUUUCGUUAUAUUUGUAAUCGGGACAUUAAUACUUGUGGACAAAAAGAAAAAGAACUUUGUGCAGUGACCUUUAUUUAUUUUUUUUUUUUUUUGUUCUAGUGUCCACUUUUAACAAUUCUUAUCUCUUUACUCUUAUCUUCUCAUUCAUUAAAAUUGAGUAACGAGAGAGAAAGAGUGAGAGAGAGAGAGAGAGUGAGAGAGAAAGAGAGAAAGAGAGAAAGAGACAGAGACAGAGACAGAGAAAGUGAGUAAAGAGAAAGAGAGAAAUGGAAAUAUAAUAAUCGUCAUUAAGUGAGAACAUAAUUAAAUAUGAUGAUUUGAUCGAGAGAAGAGAUAAUAUCGAUUGUGACGGUACAAAAGGAGGAAAUAUACGUAUACAAGAAACUUGGCCGAAGAAGACGAAGAGGAAGAGAAGAUUUGAAGUGACGUCGUUCUCCAAUUUUUUCGUUGUUGUUGUUGUUUCUCUCUAUUUUUUUUUCUUUUUUUUCUUUUUUUUUUUUUUUUGAGUGAUAUCGCGAUAGACAUUGUACAUGACUUUGUCUCGUUGAUACUACGUUCGAAUUCGUUCAUUUUUUUCUUUCUUUCUUUAUUUAUUUUUUUUUUCUUUUUUUUUUUUCCAUUUCUCUUACGAUGACAACGAGAAAACGAUAUAGCGUAAGAGAUAGAUCGAUGUUACUUGAACGUUAGAAAAGAAGAAAAAGAAAAAGAAAAAGAAGAAGAAGAAGAAGAAGAAGAAGAAGAAGAAGAAGAAGAAGAAGAAGAAGAAGAAGAAGAAAAGUGUGGACCGGACGAUGACCGUUAUCUACAUCUAUGGGAGCUAUGGGGCCCAAUGGUGGUGAAGGAAUCAGUGCUGCCGUCGCUAAAGUUCUUCAGGGAUAUGAUUGGACAUUAGUACCGGUUGCUACCAAGGGCUCCGGCGACAAAAGGGCGGCACACGUGAAGAGACCAAUGAAUGCUUUUAUGGUGUGGGCACAGGCUGCCAGGCGGAGAUUGGCCGAUCAACAUCCACAACUUCAUAAUGCCGAACUGUCGAAAACAUUGGGAAAAUUAUGGCGGCGACUUUCCGAUAACGAUAAAAAGCCAUUUAUCGAAGAAGCCGAUCGCCUUCGCGUGAUACACAAACGUGAACAUCCGGAUUACAAAUAUCAGCCAAGACGGCGAAAACCAAAUGGACCGUCGGGUCGUGACAGUUCACCGUCAAGAAGUCAAAGUAAUUUGAUAUUUAGCGUGUCAAAGUCCUUAAAACAAGAGGACAUGAGUCCUAGAGGUGUACAAGGGCCAAAUUCACCUCAGAGCGGUGCUAAUUCUUCUUCGCCAUCGACGACCCCCAAUCAAGGAUUGUCAUUACCAACACCACCUACAACGCCUAGGGGUCAACAUUACGUCAAUCAGGGUAAUCAACAUCAACAAAACAAUACGUUUUAUCAUCAAGAAUUGGUAAACAGUACGACGUCGGUCGAAUCACCACAAUCAUCAGGGGUUGAUUUUCGAUAUAUCGAAGUUGGAGAUGGUUUACCAGUCGAGGAGAGUCAAUUGAAUGGCCUUGGGACAUUUGGAUUGAAUCUACCAUUGAGUUUACAAGAGUGCGAGGUCGAAAGCAACGAGUUGGACCAAUAUCUACCACCUCAGGUUGCACCUGUGCAAUAUCCACCUGUACCAACUACUACAACGAAUCAAUGGAUAUUGAAUAGAUACGAGGAAGAAACCGAGAGGCCUAGCAAACGUCAUUGUACCGAACAUCCAAUCAAUGAAAUUACUUGGGAAGAUAGAACCCAAGAGAUGGUUAGGUAUCACGAAUUGCAGCCGCCAUUACCACCGGUUGGUCACAUAGCGCCAUUACACAAUCCACCACAUCAUUCGAUGCAAAUGGGCCAUACACAUGUAUCAUCCGCACCUUAUGCCCAAUAUCAUCGAUACGGCGUCGAGGCCUGGCCCAAUUAUUUAUAAAUUUAUAGACGCUUUUUUUUUUUUCUUUUUACUUCUUUCCUUUCCCUCCAACCCUCUUUUCUAUCACUCUUUCUCUACUUUUUUUU